CGCCGCCCCUCCGCCCCAGUCACUGAGCCGCCGCCGAGGACUCAGCUGCCUCCCCCUCGAGCCCCCUCGCUUCCCGACGCUCCGUCCCCCCUGCCCGCCUUCUCCCGCAGCCGCCUUCCGCAGGCCGUUUCCACCGAGGAAAAGGAAUCGUAUCGUAUGUCCGCUAUCCAGAACCUCCACUCUUUCGACCCCUUUGCUGAUGCAAGUAAGGGUGAUGACCUGCUUCCUGCUGGCACUGAGGAUUAUAUCCAUAUAAGAAUUCAACAGAGAAACGGCAGGAAGACCCUUACCACUGUCCAAGGGAUCGCUGAUGAUUACGAUAAAAAGAAACUAGUGAAGGCGUUUAAGAAGAAAUUUGCCUGCAAUGGUACUGUAAUUGAGCAUCCAGAAUAUGGAGAAGUAAUUCAGCUACAGGGUGACCAGCGCAAGAACAUAUGCCAGUUCCUGAUAGAGAUUGGACUGGCUAAGGACGAUCAGCUGAAGGUUCAUGGGUUUUAAGUGCUUGUGACUCUCUGAAGCUUAAGUGAGGAUUUCCUUGCAAUGAGUAGAAUUUCCCUCCUGUCCCUUGUCACAAGUUUAAAAACCUCACAGCUUGUAUAAUGUAACCAUUUGGGGUCCGCUUUUAACUUGGACUAGUGUAACUCCUUCAUGCAAUAAACUGAAAAGAGCCAUGCUGUCUAGUCUUGAAGUCCCUCAUUUAAACAGGUCAAGCAGUAAGCCCUGGCAGUGUCCAGCCUGAAACAAAGCAAUAACAAUGUUUCAGCCAAGCCCAGAACCCCAAGUUCAUAGGCUAUGCUACCCAAAAGUUCUUCAGCUCUCCCUCAAUAGAGUCCCCUGCCCUAGGAGGAUGUCACCAGGUGAACAUGAGAAUGGGUAACACCACAGCACCAAGGGAGUCUCUGGCAGGGACCCCUGGUGUCUGACCAGGGGGGCAGGAUUCAGAAAGGGCCACCUUUCUACAGAGGUCUUGGACAUCUGGCUGGCUGCCAGAUUAGUCAUUUUAGCCAGAAACAUCCCUAGCCAGGGGAUGUCAAGACAACUAAAGAGUGAAACAAGCCUAGUAUCAAUUAAGCUUAUGACAAAGGGAAAAUAUCAAACGAAGGAUCAGUCAUUGUGGCUAGCUGUAAAGGUUUCAACUCGUUGGUAGCGGCUGCCCAGUGCUAAGUGAAUCAAGAAGCUGGUUUUUGGUUUUCUUUUCCCUUUCAGUUUUAAUGUUAUGUAAUGUAUUUAAACCCUUAUUUAAAUAAAACUUGUUUUAAGAAAUA